GCUCCUUCAAGAAUUCUGAAAUUGUAAGCUUGUGGCAGGAGAAAUCUUUUUAUUAGAACAAGUGUGUGUGCCUAUCUGAUUAACAGCUGUUGCUGGUAGUUGGAAUCCAACCCACAGCAUGGAUCAGGUCUUGUAUCCAUGGCAGCAGGGUAUUUAUUACAGUUCCUACCACUCUCCACCCAGGAUUGGCGGACUUUAGCCCUUAAUCAUAUCGAAAAGUAGGAGAACACAGGGACGGACUCUGACCAGCUGUUUUAAAAUAAAGGGGGGGGAGAUUCCUUAGCAAAUGGCAAAAUUUCUGUCCCAGGAUCAAAUUAAUGAAUUCAAGGAAUGCUUUUCUCUAUACGAUAAGAAACAGAAAGGCAAGAUAAAUGCCAGUGACCUGAUCACAGUGAUGCGGUGCUUGGGAACCAGCCCAACUCUAGGAGAGGUAGAGAGACAUCUUCAAGGGCAUAAAAUUGACAGAAAGGCAGAACUGGAUUUUUCCACUUUCCUGACCAUCAUGUACAGGCAAAGGCAGCAGGAAGACCCUGAGAAGGAAAUCAUGGCAGCCCUGGCAAUGACAGACAAGCAGAAGAAGGGUUUCAUCACCGCUUCUGAGCUGAGAGCUAAACUCACCAGGCUCGGAGAAAAGCUCUCAGAGGACGAAGUGGAUGAUCUUUUAAGAGAAGCUAACAUUGCACCAAAUGGGAUUGUGAAAUAUGAAGAAUUCAUCCACACCAUCACCCUUCCUCUUGCAGACUACUGAAUUUCAGAAUGACGAGACUGCAUCGGUAGGGAAGCAGGCAAGCUUUUCCAGCUUACAUUUUCCUGGAUCACUUUUGGGCUCACUGGAAUCAGCACUGCUAGCCUUUAAGGAGCAAUGUAUUGCCUUAUUAGAUUGAAGUAUUUAUGUUUGAACAGGUUUUUCCCAUUGCAAGGCCCGGCCACACCUUCCUUGUCAGUUGGAAUGGAGUGUUCAUGUCAAACACUGGAUGUAUUAUUUUAAAUGAAUUGAAUGCCAUGUUAUAUUGCAUAAAGCUCAUCAUGCUUACAAACCCACUCAUUAGUAAUUAGCAUUUUUAAAACAUGUUAUACUUUAAAGGGGACAGUUUUUGCAGAGUAAAAUCAGCUACCUACCUUAAUGUCACUGUGAGAUGGUUGUUCUUGAGAGUAAAAGGAAGAAAGAACAGCUAUUUGGUCUGACUCUGUGAGCCUGUGGUAGCCGACUAGUGCUUGUGUGUAAGGUAUCCUAGGGUGCUUGACUAUGCUACCCAUAAACCUUGGCAAGUUUGGAACGACCAUGCAUAUCGCUCGCACCACUGCCUGGAUACACACAACCCACCCACCAAUCGUCUUGCCAUUAUGGAGAAGCCGAGCCAACAUGCCAGUGGGAAGGGGAGCUCAGGACCCUGUUGGCUAUCUGGAUGAGGACA